AUGGUCGUCUACAUCACAUGGUUGCUGGCGUAUACAGAAUGGCACGAGUGCUGUGUACAAUUGGGACGUGGGCACGCCGAUGAUGCAUUGACGUUCCGAGAGGUCAGUGUCAGGGAUACGGUCUUUCAAUGUGGUCGCGAUCCUAUAGUCGAUUGUGGAGGAGGCUUCUCCAUUUGCGUCCUUCAGCCUGCGUAG